AUGUCAUAUACUGUCAUGAUUAACUUUCACGAGCACGCAACGUCUCCACCAAAGGAGCAGCCUCAAAAGCUGAGCUAUGCGACUCUCUUUACAGCCAUGGCUUCUAUAAGCGACACUCUUACAUUGAUCAGCUCGCUAGCACUUCGCCUAAGUGUAUGGGUCUUUUUGCGAUGGAUUCCUACCACUAUUGUACCGGCGCUCGCGACAGCUCUCACGCUCGUUUACAUUCCUUCCUUCUUCACGAGCUUUCAAGACACGGCGCAAUACAAGGUCAUAUCCGAUGAGCUCGAUAUCAUUGUCAAAGAGACUGUUGAUCGUAGCGAUGACUCAAGUGAAGAGGAGCCAUUGAUUGAUAGCGCCGGGGACCCUUCACUCGAGGAGGUAGACGUACAGGAAACCAUCCAGUUGGAGGAGAGGGACCCUAAACGACUGCGCACGCUACUCACAGGUCUUCCAAGUCCCUCGUCGGCGCUAUGGAGUUGGAUCACGUUUGCCAUCAACAUGGCGCUUAUUGCCAUGGUUCUGGACGUUGUGUACCGCGCGCCCAUGUUCCAUCAGUGUCAUGACGCGUCAUUUGGACGCGUCGGUUACGUGUCGGAGAACAGCGCGAAGAUUCUAGUGCGAGAACCGUACGCCUUUGACGUCCGAGUCCUCUACCGCUCCACCGACGAGCCCAAUCGUUCCUGGAUGCACAAGACGCAUUUCGCCAGCCAGCCCAGCGGAUGGCUGACCAAUGAGACCGACUUCACAACUGUCAUGAACAUCGAGCACCUGCGACCGGAUACGCAGUAUGAGUACGUGGUGGAAACAUCGAAUGGGAACAAGACGGGUACUUUUACAACGGCUCCACGGCCUGGGCACAUCUCCCAACUGAAAGACAACAAAUACACAUUUGUACACUCAAGCUGCAUUAAGCCCCGUGUACCGUACACACCCCUCCAACACCCACUCGAGUUCCCCGGAAUGAAGCACCUAGCGCGCUGGAUCCCCAACCUUCAGCCGUACUUUAUGCUCUUUCUCGGCGACUUCAUUUAUGUCGAUGUCCCGCACCGUCAAGGCAAAGACCACGAAACCUAUCGCCGCGAAUAUCGACAGGUCUACUCUUCCCCAUCCUGGCCCGCUGUCAGUGACAAUCUCCCCUGGAUACACGUCAUCGACGACCAUGAGAUCGAAAAUGACUGGAGCGGCAACAUGUCUAGCGUCGCUGUACCGGCUUACGACGCUUUUACACACUACAAUGCCGCCCCUAAUCCACCUCCCCACCGCAAAGGCCAAACUUAUUUCUCAUUCACCCAAGGCCCUGCGGAUUUCUUCCUCCUCGAUACGCGACGAUAUCGCAGUCGCGCCAGCAAAGAUGCCAAUGACCCAAACAAGACCAUGCUUGGCGCACAGCAACUGGCUGAUCUACUCGCAUGGAUCCAAAACCCUCCACCACCUGGCGUUCAUUGGAAAUUCAUUGUCACGGGUACGCCCUUCACCAAGAACUGGCACUUUGGAUCUGAAGAUACAUGGGGCGGACACCUCCAUGAACGUCGCCUCAUCCUCGAAGCGGCAUGGGAGCUGUCCAGCCAUUCACCCAUUGGUGUCGUUGUCCUCAGCGGCGACCGCCAUGAAUUUGCCGCCACCGCCUUUCCUCCUCCUGUAGGCGGCAAGUGGCCACUCAGCGCGACGGUACAUGAGUUUAGCACAAGCCCGUUGAGUAUGUUCUACCUGCCGCUGAGAACUUAUAAAGAGCAGGAUGGCGAUGAUGUAUGUGUCAAGUAUCUACCCGACGGGAACAGCAAGUUUGGCGCUGUGGAGAUUACGAAUCCACCGCAUGGGGAGCAGAGUUUGUUGAAUUACAGGUUGUUUGUCGAUGGGGAGGAAGUGUGGACGGCACGGGAUGCUGUGUGGGGCUGA